AAAACUUGAAGAGAUGUGAGAGGAUAUUUGUCAGAGUAUAUGGUCGUAAAUAGAGUUGUUCGGCAGCUUCGGCUACCAGAGAGGGAGGGACGGAGAGUGGUAUCAUCGCCGGAAAAUGAGAAGCUUCUGCCGUGAAUAUCGCCGGAAAUCUACAAAAGAGAUUCCUACAGAACCGUUUGUGACCUGAAAUGCAAGAUCUCCGAACAAUGGGGAGUGCAGGAGUUCGUAUCUUCGGUGGAGACCGGAGACUGCGUCCGCACCCGAAUCAAGCCUUGAAAUGCCCGCGCUGCGACUCGCUGAAUACCAAAUUCUGCUACUACAAUAACUAUAAUCUUUCUCAGCCCCGCCAUUUUUGCAAGAGCUGUCGAAGGUAUUGGACCAAAGGGGGUGUCCUCCGUAAUGUUCCCGUCGGUGGAGGUUGCCGGAAAACCAAGCGAUCCAAGUCCAAGCCCUCCCCAGAUCCUCCGAAGGAGAAGAAAGCAACGACAGCCUCGCACUCAAGCAGCGAGAGUUCAAGUCUUACAGCGGCGACGACGACGGCGGCAACUACGGAGGCAGCGUCGGCGCCUUCUUCUUCGAGUUCUGCAGCAGGUAACACAGGAUUACUGAAUUUCCCCGACUCUAGGAUGUUCUUGUCUCAGAACCCAAGCCCGAAUUUCGUCGAGACCUGCAUGCUGGACGCGCUUGAGCAGCCGCCUCCGGACGGCGGUAUCUUCGCCACCGAGACGGGAAGCUUUACGAGCCUGAUGACGGGGUCAAAUCCAGGGCUUCUGGGGUUCAAUUUCCCGGAUGUUUCACCGUUUCGGUUGCAUACACAACAGCAGCAGAAAAUGACGAACACGGAGGAGGAGAUGAAGAUGCAGGAAUUAACGGCUGGAGGGUUCAUCGAUCAGACUUUCCCUGUAGAGUUACCGGGGUUGCAGAACAACAGGACAAAUGGCAGCAGUAGUGGAGGAGGAGCAGGGGGGGCAACGGGGUUAGAUUGGCCGAGCGGUGCUGAUCAAGGGGGAAGCUUAUUUGAUUUGUCGAGCUCCGUUGAACAAUGUUACUGGGGCUCAACCCAAUGGGCUGACAACGAUCAGGGUCUCUAUCUCCCGUAAAACUCAAAUCAUUUUUACUGCCAACACCGGACGAAGGAAAUGAAGGAAAACACGAGAACCCAAAAAAAAAUUGAAAAAGAAAAAACAGAGAGAAACUAAAAAGUGAAAAGAAACUGUGCAUCUGUGUAAAUUUUUAUUUUAGCUUUUUUUUAGAGCUUACGUGGUUUUUGCUUGGGCUUGUUUGGUCAUGGCGUUUGUCUGCAACUAACUUGCAUGUUGGUUUCCUCUUCUUCUUAGUUUCCUCUUUGAUUUUAUUUGGAGGAGUCACCAAUUACCAGUUAUGACUACUAUUUAUGGAAUUUUUGUUUGGAUAGA